CGUGAAGGGGGAGAGGCGGGCGUUGCGCUCCGCUCGCUCGCUCGGUCGCUUGCAGGCUGCAGCCCGGUGGCGGCGCGGUCCGAGCCGUCCGCUCGUUCUCCUUCCCGUCGCGGCGGAGCGGCUCGCCUGCCUCCCCCUCCUCUUCUUCCUCCUCCUCCUCCUCGUCCCCGGUCCGGCCCGGCCCGUGUGUCUCCGCGGCGGCGGGGCUCGAACACCGCUGAGCGCCAGGCGCGGCGGCACCACCAACCACCACCAUGGCGGUGGAGGAAGAGGGGCUGCGGGUCUUCCAGAGCGUCAGGAUUAAAAUCGGCGAAGCCAAAAAUCUUCCUACGUAUCCGGGGCCAAACAAGAUGAGGGAUUGCUACUGUACUGUAAACCUGGACCAGGAGGAGGUUUUCAGGACCAAAAUAGUGGAGAAGUCAUUAUGCCCCUUCUAUGGAGAAGACUUUUACUGUGAAAUUCCUCGGACCUUUCGCCAUCUGUCAUUUUAUAUUUUUGACAGAGAUGUUUUUCGAAGGGAUUCCAUCAUAGGAAAGGUAGCUAUACAGAAAGAAGAUCUGCAGAAGUAUCAUAACAGAGACACCUGGUUUCAACUCCAGCAUGUUGAUGCUGAUUCAGAAGUACAGGGGAAGGUCCACCUCGAGCUGAGACUGAGUGAAGUCAUAACAGACACUGGUGUCGUCUGCCAUAAGCUUGCAACACGAGUUUUAGAGUGCCAAGGGCUGCCCAUUGUCAACGGGCAAUGUGAUCCCUACGCCACCGUUACCUUAGCAGGACCCUCCAGAUCAGAAGCCAAAAAGACUAAAGUUAAAAAGAAGACCAACAAUCCACAUUUUGAUGAAGUGUUUUAUUUUGAGGUUACAAGACCCAGUAGCUACAACAAGAAAUCCCAUUUUGAUAUUGAAGAUGUUGAUGAAGUUGACAAAAUGGAGAUUAGGGUUGAUCUUUGGAAUGCCAGUAACUUGAAGUUUGGAGACGAAUUUCUAGGAGAACUGAGACUCCCUUUGAAAUUUCUCCGACAGUCUAGUUCUUAUGAAGCAUGGUAUUUCCUGCAGCCCAGAGAUAAUGGUAACAAGUCAUUGAAACCUGAUGACCUUGGUUCCUUAAGGUUAAAUGUGGUUUACACUGAGGACCAUGUUUUUUCCUCAGACUAUUACAGUCCACUUAGAGACCUCCUGCUAAAAUCUGCAGAUGUCGAGCCUGUUUCAGCAUCAGCUGCACACAUUUUGGGUGAAGUUUGCAGAGAAAAACAGGAAGCAGCCAUACCUCUUGUCAGGCUUUUCUUACACUAUGGCAGAAUUGUGCCUUUCAUAAGUGCCAUUGCGAAUGCUGAAGUGAAGAGAACUCAAGAUCCAAACACCAUUUUCAGAGGAAACUCAUUAACUUCCAAGUGCAUUGAUGAGACAAUGAAACUGGCAGGGAUGCAUUAUCUGCAAGUUACACUAAAGCCAAUUAUAGAUGAGAUCUGCCAGGUCCAUAAACCUUGUGAAAUUGAUCCUGUGAAAUUAAAAGAUGGUGAAAACCUGGAAAAUAACAGGGAAAAUCUGAGGCAAUAUGUUGAUCGCAUUUUUACUGUAAUUACAAAAUCUGGUGUAAGCUGCCCUACAGUGAUGUGCGAUAUUUUCUUUUCACUGAGAGAAUCAGCUGCCAAACGUUUUCAAGGUGACCUAGAUGUGAGGUAUACAGCUGUCAGCAGCUUUAUUUUCCUGAGAUUCUUUGCUCCUGCCAUUCUUUCUCCAAACCUCUUUCAGCUUACACCACACCAUCCAGAUCCUCAGACUUCUCGAACUUUGACACUUAUCUCUAAAACCAUUCAAACGCUAGGCAGCCUAUCAAAAUCUAAAUCUGCCAAUUUCAAGGAAUCCUACAUGGCUACUUUUUAUGACUAUUUUAAUGAGCAGAAAUAUGCAGAUGCAGUAAAAAAUUUUCUAGAUUUAAUUUCAUCUUCAGGAAGGAGAGAUCACAAGAGCAUAGAGCAACCUAUAUUGCUUAAAGAAGGGACUCUUAAACUAACAGUAAAGAAAGUUGAUGGUAAUAGUUCAUGCAGGUUCAUGAUCAAGAGAGCACAAGGAAGAAAACGAUUUGGUAUGAAAAACUUUAAGAAGAGAUGGUUUCGUCUGACAAACCAUGAGUUUACCUAUCAGAAAAGCAAAGGUGAUCAUCCUCUGUGUAGCAUUCCGAUUGAAAACAUUCUGGCAGUGGAAAGACUGGAGGAGGAAUCCUUUAAAAUGAAAAACAUGUUCCAGGUGAUCCAGCCUGAAAGAAGAGUCCUGUAUAUCCAAGCAAAUAAUUGUGUGGAGGCCAAGGACUGGAUUGAUAUCCUCACCAAAGUUAGCCAAUGCAACAAGAAGCGCCUCACGGUCUACCAUCCCUCUGCCUAUCUUAAUGGCCACUGGCUUUGCUGUAAAGCUACUGCAGAUAAUACUCCUGGCUGCACACCCUGCACAGGAGGCCUUCCAGCAAAUAUACAACUGGAUAUAGAUGGAGAUAGAGAAACUGAGCGCAUCUACUCUCUUUUCAACUUGUAUAUGCCAAAAUUGGAGAAAAUGCAAGAGGCCUGUGGCAGCAAAUCUGUGUAUGAUGGACCUGAAGAGGAAGAAUAUUCUACAUUCAUCAUUGAUGACCCUAAGGAGACGUAUAAAACACUAAAGCUGAUUAUUGAAGGUGUUGGAACUCUAGAGCAGGAGCAUGCUCAAUAUAAGAGGGAUAAAUUUAAGAAGACAAAAUAUGGAAGCCAAGAACAUCCCAUUGGCGACAAGAGCUUCCAGACGUACAUCAGGCAGCAGUCAGAGAUCUCGGCACAUUCCAUAUGAAGUGCAAAGGAAAUCACAGGACAAUGCUGAAGGGUCGAUCAGUGAAGCUAAACAGUAAAACAAAAGGGAAGCCACACAUGUAGCAAAAUGUAUGGAUAAGUGUCAAGCUUACAAACUUUGAGACUUGCUAAAUGUAUUCUCUUUUCAAGAAACUGUUAUAAUAGUUGCUAUGCACUUUAUUCAUCUGGUUAUUGACAGAUGAUAAAACUCUGCCUUCUAGGCAGUUGUUGUCAUGUGUAUUUUUAAAUUUUCUUUGGUUUCUUGGAAUCUAGUGAUCAGUUCAAUGAUCGAGGUGUGUGGACUUCAUCUUGACAACUCCCAUGCAAUUCCUUGUUUCAGAAACCAAGCAUGCUGCUGAUAUGCAGCAUUUUCUAGAAUGGUUGUUUGUUACUGGUUUUUGUUCCUGAUUAAUGUAUAUUAUGCCACACCCCUGCGUGCUCUCUUAGGAAAAGCUUAGUAACACUUUACUUUUAAUGCCUGCAUUUAGAAAAGAAGCAGAGGAAAAAACCCUCUGGUGUAAUCUCUUGCAUUGUAGCUUGUAUUCUGAGCAGGCCAAGGAGCAGGCCUUUUGUUUUUACAGCAGCAUAAUUUUUGCUAAAUGUGCACAGUUUUUAAUAGAAAUUCAGAUCUGAAUGGUACUCUUGAUAUUUUUGAGAUACAAAGUCAUUUCUCCAGACACAUUCAGCAGACUUUGGUUUUGAAGAUGCAAUCUCAGCAGUAUAAUAAAACUGACUCUCAUAAAUAUGAGUGAGAAAGAAAUGAACUUAUGUCGAAGCUACAUGUCUCUUUUAUGCAGUCCAGUGAAUGGUAAUCUUUGAAAGUCUGCCAACUGAAAGGCAAGGUAAGCUGAUUUUUAUGACCUUUUACCACCAGAGCAAGAAGGACAAAUAGAAUACGAGUCUGGCAGCUGAGACACACUGACUCCCGGGCACAAAAGCCGUCAAGAUGGGUUUUCUCUGAAAGGAUGUUUAAGCACUGGAGUCCAUGCCAUCCUAGUACCACUUGUUUUUCUGGAAAAUAGAUUUCUACUUUUCCAAAAAUGUUUUUAAAUACUUUUUUUAAAGAGACUUGUUAAAGGAUAUUUAGUAUAUUAACACGCAUAAAGGUAACUUGUUAAUGUUCUGAGUGUAAUGAAAAUGGAAUGAGCUGUGUAUCUCACUAAUACCAACAAAAGUCAUUAAGGAGGGAAUAAAGAUCUGCUAAAUAUAAGAUACAUAUUUAUGUAUGCUCUUUAGUUGUACACCGUAACUUUCCUCUGUAUAAGGGUCUGAUUUACAAACAUCUAGCUUUGAUGGCACGGAAGCCUGCAUGAUGGACUUUAAGCUUCUGUGGAGUAGAAGCUAGUGUUGGUUUUAAGCUGAAUUGGAACAGAAAGCAUUGAACUAUCGGUUUAAUGUGAAGAUAUCUGUAUCUUUGCUUAAAGUGUUACGGAGUAAUUCUUAACUGUGUCCUCAUUGCAUCUGACAUGAUUUUAAGAUGGCUGAAGUACUUUGAAUGCCUCUGUUUGUUAGUGAUGCUCUUAGGAAUGAGGUUUUCUUUUUGUUUGAGUAUAUAGUAGACCACCUCCUAGUAGAUGAUAAAUGAUCUUUUAUUCAUCUUCACCCAGCAGACUGGGGAAAGGGAAGUAAUGAAGCAUUGCAGAGAUGCAUUUUGGACUCCGAGCUUUUAGCUGCCAUGAACUGCAAUUUUUAACAUGUAUUUGUAACUUAAUAUUGUUUAUAAAAUACUAAUGACCUGUAAUGUGUGUUCUACUUGCCAAUUAAAAGAAAUGUUUUAUUUCUGAAAA